CUGGCCCUCUGCCACCCUUUGCCUCAUUGCUUGAGCCUGAGGCGUUCGAAGGACGCCUUUCAGUCUGGAAGCAAGCAGGAAAGGGCGGGAGUGCACCAUUGCUCGUUCCCUUUGAGUUCUAUGCAGGUCACAAUGCACUUUCAUGCACGCCAAUCAUGCAUCUGACUCUUUUCAACUCGACCAGUGCCACUCCGUUGUAAGCGGCAUUGCAAACAGCAACCAGCUCAAACAGCCAGAAAACAAGCUUCUGAAGCAGUGUCCAGAGGGAAUUUGGGCCCACAACCAUGGUCUUUGCUGAUGCAAGGUGGUGGUGUCAGAUGAGAAUGAGAAAUUGAGCGGCCAGGAAGUCUUAGUUUUCCUUGGGUGCCUCACUUCCUGCCAUGGCGAAUGCAAAAGAUGGAGCAGCACCCAUUGAGGGGACACGAGGGACAGACAUGGAAGAGAGGGAUGCUGCAAAGCGAUCAGAGGAAGCAGAGGAGAGCCGCCGGAGAAAGCAGGUUUUCAGAGAGACCAAUCUGAAGCCGGAGCGACCCGAUGACAGCUUCUUCCGCAGCCUCGACUCGAGCGUGAAGCGCAACACUGCCGCCAUCAAGAAGCUGCGAGCCGUCAGCGAAGAGACACGGCCCAGCCUGCUGGAAGAGCUGAAGUCGGUAAACCUCAGCAAGUAUCUCAGCGAAGCAGUGGCAGCAAUCGUGGAGGCCAAGCUCAAGACGGCAGACAUCGAUGCGGCGGUACAGGUCUGUUCCCUGCUCCACAUCCGCUACAAGCACUUCACCCCCCAGCUGCUCGAGGCGCUGCUCAAGAUCUUCGCCCCACCCCCAAAGGGCGCCCCCGAGGCCGAAGAGAAAGGCGCACGCCUCAGCAAGCGGCGGACGGCCCUGCGCCUCCUGACAGAACUUCUGAUCGCUGGGGUGGUCACAGACUCCGCCGCUCUAGUUGGGGUCAUAAAGGAGCUGGCCAAGCCCGACCAGGCAAAGGACAGGGACGCGGCCCAGGCGGCGGGGACCCUUCUCGUGGCGUUUCUGAAGCAAGCAAAGGAGCCGCUGCGGCUGUCAUCGAAUGCAACGAAGGACACGCCAGGACCGUUCUCCCCUCCCGUCUUAACAGAGGCAGAGUGCGCGAGCAUCCUGGGUCACCUCGGGACCUUCUACACGGCAGCGGAAGCUUUGCUGCUCUCGGAACAUAAGUCGCUCCGCGCGCUGGAGGCCGAGAACGCGGCCGUCAUGACUUCCAAGGGCGAGUUGAGCGAGGAGACGACCGCUGCGUACGAGAAGCAGCGCAAAGCCUACGAACAGCUCCUGCGCACCCUCUCCUCCCUGGCGGAACUGCUCGAGCGGCCGGCGCCUGAUCUGCCGGAAGACGACACCACCCGGGUGACGAGCGGGCCGGCCGCGAGCGUGGCCCCUGCCGGGAAGGAGCCCGCCGGGCCGGAGCCGAUCUGGGACGACGAGGACAUGCGCACCUUCUAUGAAGACCUGCCGGACCUGCGAGCUUUCGUACCUGCGGUUCUGUUGGGCGAGGCCGAGCCAAAAGCAGAAGAGCCGACCAAGUCGGACGCUGGCGAGGCCGCGGAUGGCGACGAGAAGGGGUCCCCCGACAAGAAGGGCGCGAGCGGCGAGAAGGAGGCCCCCGAGGGGGAGGACAAGGGGCUGAAGAAUGCGCAGGACAACGCGGCGCUGGAGGCGCUGUUGCAACGGCUGCCCAAGGCGGGCAGCAGGGAUCUCGUCGACCAGAUCGCGGUGGAGGUGUGCUACCUGAACAGCAAGGGCACGCGCAAGAAGCUGGUGCGCGCGCUGUUUGCCGUGCCGCGCACUGCGCUGGAGCUGGUGCCGUACUACACGCGCCUGGCGGCCACGCUGGCGUCCGUCAUGAAGGACGUCGCGCCCAUGCUGCUGGCCAUGCUCGAGGAGGAGUUCAACUUCUUGCUGCCCAAAAAGGACCAGUCCAAGAUCGAGACGAAGAUCCGCAACGUGCACUUUCUCGGCGAGCUGGCCAAGUUUAAGCUCGCGCCCCCCAGCCUCAUCUUCACGUGCCUCAGGGCCUACCUGGACGACUUGAGCGGCAGCAACAUCGACGCGGCGUGCCAUCUGCUGGAGUCGUGCGGGCGCUUCCUGUACCGGACGCCCGACACGAGCGUCCGCAUGAGCAACCUGCUGGACGUCCUGAUGCGGCUCAAGAACGCCAAGAACCUAGACGCGCGCCAGAGCACCAUGGUCGACAACGCCUUCUUCCAGUGCAAGCCGCCCGACCGCCCCGCAACCGUCGUCAAGCACCGCCCGCCGCUGCAGGAGUACAUCCGACGGCUGAUCUACACGCAGCUGAGCGCAUCGACGAUCGAGAGCGUGCUGCGUCAGCUGCGCAAGCUGCCGUGGGGGGAGUGCUCCGGCUACGUGGCCAAGGUGCUGGGCCGCGUGCACAAGCUCCAGUACGCCAACAUCCACCUCGUCGCGUCGCUCGCGGCCGGCUUCACCAAGUUUCACGACGACCUGCCCGUCACGCUCGUCGACCAGAUCUUGGAGGAGAUCCGCGCGGGCCUGGAGGACGUGGGCGGCGGGCUGGCGCGCCAUCAGCGGCGCGUGGCGCAGAUGCGGUUCCUGGGGGAGCUGUACAACUACCGCAUCGUGGACUCGCCCAUCGUCUUCGACACGCUCUACCUUAUGCUCAACUACGGCGUCGGCACGGUCCAGGAGGCGGCGCUGGACCCACCGGGGGACGUGUUUCGCAUCCGGCUGGUCCUGACGCUACUGGAGACGUGCGGCCAGUUCUUCGACCGGGGCGCCGCCAAGCGCCGCCUCGACCGGUUCUUGCUCUACUUCCAGCGCUACCUCCUCUCCAAAGCCGCCAUCCCGCUCGACGUCGAGUUCGACCUCCAGGACACUCUGGCGUCUCUGCGACCCAAGCUGAUCCGGCUGCCCCGGUUGGAGAUGGCCCUCCAAGCGGUGACUCAGCAGGAGGCCCAGGAGGCCACGCUCGCCGAAGAAGAGGCUGCCCGGGGGAUCCCCCCGGGUGCGCCCGAGAAGGCCCCCAAAGGCCGCAAAAAGACCAUUGCAAGCCGGAUCGCGGACGGCUCAGUCAGUAUCGUGGAGGGCGAUACGAAAGGGGAGUGGGGGGAGGGGGAGGAAAGCGAGAGCGACGACGGGAGCGAGAGUGAGCGCGGGGGAGAUAAGGAAGAUCAGAACGAGGGAAAGGCUGCGAGCGACACAGAAGAAGAACCGGGGGCGGGUUUCGGGGGAGAGGACACCGAGGGCGAGGGGGAUGAGUACGUGCGCGUCCGGCAGCGCGCGGUGAGCGCGGAAGAGGAGGCGGAGUUUGACAAGGAGCUGCGCGCGAUGGUCCAGGAGAGCGUGGAGGCGCGCAAGUUCGAGGUGCGGAAAGGGGCCGCGCUGGAGCUGGCCAUGCCCAUCAACAUCGGAGCGCAGAAGCCGGGCGAAACCACCGCCGGCCCUGAGGCGGACGCCCCGGCGGGGGGCAAGGCGUUCCGGCUGGUGACCCGGCGCGGCGCCAAGCAGCAGACGCGCGAGCUGAUCGUGCCCGCGAGCAGCCGGCUCGCCAUCAGCAGCCGCAAAAAGGACGACGCGGAACGGGAGGAGAAGCAGGCGCUCAAGCGGAUCGUGCUGGACUACGAGGAGGCACGUGCCAGCAACGAGUCCGACUUCGGGGGUGGCGCGGUACGUACUGGGACCCGGGUGCUCAACAAGGGGGGGUUGUUGUUCAGCAACAGCGGGGCGCGCGGCAGGGGGGGUGCGAGAGGAGGCGGGCGGUAUGUCGGGGGGGGAGGGGGGAGGUGCGGAACCAGCCUGUGCCGGAGGUAGAGGACACGUGGCAAGAGUAAUGACGGCAUUCCGGGAGUCCCGCACAACGGCUGAAGCGCCGUUUCUGAGAGCGUGGAGGCCAGUCGUACCAGAGGGAGUCGCGUGGAGUAGUGGCUUUGCUCGUCCAAAGAGGGCAUGCAUCACGAGUCAUCCUGGAGGCCACGGAGCGGUUGCCAACUGAGAGGUUCGUGCAAGAGCGACUCGGCAAAGCCCCGCUUGGGAGUUACAACGUCAGAGUCGACUCGCUUCAUCAGGUGCGGAGAGAAAAGGAAGACGAGCGGCCAGGUGGCUGUGGUUGAACCUUCACGUUAGCAGGUCGGGAACUGGGCCUACUGACGACAACUAGGGCGACGGAAAAGUUUUGGCCGCGGAAUGACGGAGACAAUCACGAUUUCGUCGUCGGAAUCGGUGGAAGUCGCAAGAGACAAAUCGU